GCCGCCGUCUCAGUCGAGUCGUGGCCGCCGAGGGUGCGCACCGUGCCGACAUGCGCCGCUCGCCAACUUUCUCGAGUAGUGAUGUGAUUCGGUACUUAACGAUGUGAAAAAUUUCGGAGUGACACUGAGUUCUGUGAGUUUUUGGAGCGCGAUGCUCUAGUGAUUUUCGACUCGACCUAGCUAGUGAAGAGUACAAUAUGAAGUGGUUAAUCGUGGCUGUGACUGUGAUCGUUUCGAAAACGAUUUUGGCUGGGGUCGCUCCCCCUGGAUCUUGCCCUGCGGUGUGCGUGUGCAAGUGGAAAGGUGGUAAACAAACUGUGGAGUGUGUGGAUCGUGCCCUCAUCACCGUGCCGGAGCCGGUGGACCCGGCGACUCAAGUCCUGGAUCUGUCCGGCAAUAACUUGCAAAUUCUUCCUCAGGAGGCCUUCGCGAGGACGGGUCUCGUCAAUCUUCAGAGGGUGUACCUUCGGAACUGUAACAUAGGCCAAAUAAACGACCGUGCGUUUAAGGGUCUCACCAACCUAGUCGAAUUAGACCUCUCCCACAAUUUACUCACGCAGAUACCUUCCAAUAGCUUCGUAGACGCUCCUUUUCUUCGAGACUUGACGCUGUCUCAUAAUCCUAUUAUAAAAAUACACGCGGACUCCCUGAGCAAUCUCGGAAGCGUGGUGAAAUUAGACUUAUCGAAAUGCGAAAUAAGGGAUAUCAAUUCGGACGUAUUUAGAAGCCUGCAAUCAGUCGAAUCUAUAAAAUUGAACGGAAAUAAUCUGCGCGACUUACCGCUAAGCUCUCUUGAGAAGUUGGAAAAACUGAGAGUUAUAGAUUUAUCCGAUAAUCCCUGGAUUUGCGACUGUCGCCUGCGCGACGUUAAGAUGUGGCUCUCGAAACACAAAUUGUUUUCGACGCCGAGCUGCGCAAUGCCCCCUCGCUUAGCGAAUAAAUCUUUUUCGGAGCUGUCGCUGGAUGAGUUCGCAUGUAAGCCGGAAAUAUUACCGGUGAGCAGACACGUAGAAGCGACUCUGGGAGAUAACGCCACGAUCGUUUGCCGAACCGAGGCCGUGCCCGCCGCGAAUAUCAAUUGGUACUGGAACGGCAGGCUGCUCAUGAACGGAAGCAUAUUCAAUUCGAACCAAAGAAUACAUAUUUUCGAAGCGGGGGAAGCCAAGAAACGCUCGACCCUCGUCAUUACGAAUACACAGGAAUCUGAUUCGACUGAGUUUUAUUGCGUAGCUCUAAACAAAGGAGGCACCGCGGAAGCCAACUUCACGGUUCAUAUCACCCAGAUGGCCGCCGGAAUGGCGUCUCUGGGAAGCGCGCAGAUCGCGAGCUUGGGAGCGGCAUUGUUCCUAGUCAUCAUUCUCGUCUCGCUGGGUCUACUCGUCACUUUCGUUCGAUUCCGCCCCGUCCCGGCGUGUGAAAGUAAAACGCCGAACACACUAGACAGGGUGGUCUCUGGGAACGAGGUUCACCCGACCGUGACGGACCGACCCCACGUGGCCGUGCUGGCCAACAGGCAGGACUCGCCCAGCUACGACGACGGCAAAUGCAACCCCGUCACGAAGCCGCCCCGGUCCAACGACAUCCCCUACACGACCAACCACUACGAGGGCCGGGGCAGCGUGGUCACGACGGGGGGGCAGGUGGCCGUGUCGCCGACGAUAUCCACCGGCAUCGACCCCGACCUCAUCAACGAUACGCGGCCUGAGAGCGUCAACCGGCCCGGCAGCGGCGAGUACGCGCGGGAGACCUCCGACUCGCUGUACCCGUCCGGCCUCUGGGAUCAGAUUAAGAUGAACCAGGCCAACAACCUGGCGCGGGCGAUCAGCUCGGCGAUCCCCACGUACUACAACGACCGGACGCCGAUCAUCGAGAACAGCAGCGUGAACGGGUCGCAGGAGGAGCUGGGGUACGCCAGCCGCACGUUCCCUCGGUCGCACGCGCUGCACGCCGCGGGCCCGCCCGACGCGCCCUACCCCGCCGACUACGGCCUGCCCGUGGGCGGAGCGCGCACGCUGCGCGUGUGGCAGCGCGCGCCGCCCGUGCUGCCGCCCGUCUCCACGCUCAAGCGAGUGCUCACCAUCACCAGACCCGCGGACGGUGGUUUCCAGGACGGCUGUGCGACCGACGUAUAGACUUUAGGAAACUCACUGUUACGGGUCUCAAAUAUUUAUUACUGUACAUAUGUAUACUGCUAGCCUGUAAGGACGUUCGUGGAAUAGAUUUUGUAUUAUAUAAUUUAUUUAGAUAGAACUAGCGGGGAGCUCCCGGGAUCCCGAGGCGGGUCCAAGACUGAUUAGAAACGAAGGAUGUAAUAAUUGUAUAUUAUAUGAAACGGAUAGAUGAGUAAGGUCGCCAAAUAAUUAAUAUUAUUGUAACUACUGAUAUAUCCUGAAUGUUGAAACUCUAAAUAGACGUCGCGAGCGAAGUAUCCAAAGAUCCCCUUCGAUAUACAUAGUGUUAUCGUGUCCUGCACGUUGAAUGUUACUCGAUGUAAGUUAAUGUAUGUGAAUAUUUUAUGUUGAAAAAAGAGUUUUAGACGUAAAUGGAAAAAUAAAUACGGCGAUAACAAAUUGUA